CAGCAUUCUUUCAAGGGAAAGUAAAUAAUUUUAGAUUUUUAAUUGUCGUUGUACUUCAACAAUUUUCCUGCAGAAGACUUUGGCCCUUACCAAAAAAAUUUAAGCUUUUUUGUUCUAACUAAAGCCUUUUUUUCAAACUGACAACUUUUUGCAGUGUGUUCUUUAUAGUGCAAGAGCCUGGCUAUAAUUAUCCCUGCUGUGGAGCACCCCCACAUGCCCACAGUGCCAUUGUGCCCCGCUCAAAGUCACUUGUUCCACCCGGCAGAGGGAACGGAAGGUAGGAGUCGUAGAGACAAAGAGUCUUCUCUCUGAACAAGAAUGUACAUUUUUGAGUAACAGUAAUGCACAUGCUCAAGUGAACUUAUUUGUCGUUUCGAUGAUGUUGGGUUCACUGAGCGGGUCAGAGGGUCAAUCCACGCGGGUGUGAUCUUACAGUGAAUAACAGCAGUGACUCUGCGUGGGACACUUCCAAGAAGGCUUCAUCUCACCGCUCCUCCUCACCGUUCCUGUCAUCAUCUGGCUGUUGCCCCGCCCACAGCAUCUCCUUUGCCGUUUGAGUCAGGGAUGCAAGGAAUGGAAGAUCACUGGAGAACAUUCAGACCUCAUCUCCACGAGGACAAAGGUGGUGCAGAAGCAACUGUUCAUUCUGCGGCCUCCUCGACGAUCCCCCUCCCCGAACACUCAGACCUCCUCUGUUACACGCUCCAGUCGCACCCUCAAAGCCUCUUCAGUCGGUUACAGGUCCUCAGGGAGGAGGGCUUGCUCCUGGACUGCACAUUCCAUGUCCAAGGAAACAUGUUCCGGGCCCACCGGCUGCUUUUGGCAGCUUCUAGCCAAACCCCCCAAAUGUUUUUAGGCUCAAAGCAAAAACCACAGUCUGAAGCUGAAGAAAGCUCUCACUGCUUGACUCCUCUUGGGCUGAGAGCUGCUUUGGAGUUUGCAUAUAGUGGGAAAGUGGACUUGAGUGGGGAGGAGGGUGUGCAGGAGGUGCUGGAUGCUUGUCAGCAUCUGAACUUUUAAAGGCUACGAGAAAGGAGCAAGUCAGGGGUCACGACCUCAGCUGAAAAGGAGACAAAAAAGACUCUGGAGAACAUCAGGAACCUGUGGGACAGAGGAGAGGGCUGUGACAUCACGAUCCGAGCAGAGAGUGGGGAGAGCUAUCCAGCUCAUCGCCUGAUUUUAGCAGCUGGCGGGGACUAUUUCCGGGCUCUCCUGUGCGGAGGCUUACGGGAGUCCAGAGAGGACGUGGUGUGGCUGCGGGGCGUGCCUGGCUGGGUGCUCGAAUCCAUUCUUCACUUCUUGUACACGGGUCAACUGUGGCUGGGCUGGAGUCAGAUAUGGGAGCUGACAGGUGCACUGCUGCAGUUUCAGCUGGAGGGGGCGCUCUCGCUCUGCACAGACUUUCUGAGGGAAGGAAUGGAUGAGAGCAGCUGUGCAGAUGUUCUGGUCCUGGCUGAGACUCACGGGUUGGUGCAGCUGGUUCAGGCUGCAGAGGAUUACGUUCUGACCCACUUCCAGAAGGUUUCUGCAGAGGAAAGCUUCAAGGCGGUUCCCCUCGUCCUCCUCAGCAGGCUGCUGCAGAAUGACUCCCUGUGUGUGGAGUCAGAGAUGGAGGUGUUCAGGGCUGUGGUUGGUUGGGUGGAGGACCAGCCUGAAGAUCGUCUCCCGUCUCUACCUGACCUCCUCCGCCAUGUUCGUACUCCACUCCUCAGCCGAUCGGAGCUGCAGGAGGUUCUCCGCUGCCCCCUCCUACUCGGGAGCCCCGAGGCGAAGGGUGCAGUCAAAGUUCUGAAGAGCUUAGUGAAUGGGAGCUACAGAGGUCCUGAAUGUGGACCUCGCACCCCAAACCAGGUCCUGGCUUUGGUUGGGGGUGACACUGUGGAUGAGGAUUUCAUGAAAAGGGUUCCCAGCCGGACUGUGUGGUCUGCUCAGCAAUUCCACCGUGGGCCCGGCCUGAUUAGAGAAAUAGAGUGGAAACUUGUGACAAACAUCCCUGAGCCAGCACGUUUCAGGCACUGCGUGUGUCUUCUCAACAGCAAACUUUACGUCUUAGGGGGGCGCAAGUAUUAUGGGUCUUUGGAUGUCCUCAAGUCUGCUUUUAGGUUUGACGUCUUGCAGAAGAAAUGGGAAAAACUGCCGGACAUGUUGCGCCAAAGGGACUACUUUUCUGUAGUGUGCCUGAGGGGAAGGAUUUAUGCUCUUGGUGGAAGCUGGACCCCCAGUCGGUGUCUGGAUGAGGUGGAGAGCUACUGCCCUGAGGAGAACUCCUGGAGGUACUAUUCAGAAAAAGCAGGAUCACCCUCUGGACACAGCCGUCUAUGGCCACGCUGCUGCUGUUCUUGAGGAGCAGAUCUACAUCUCCGGAGGCUGUGACUCCCAACACAGUUGUUUUCCCACCAUGUGUGGUUAUGAUCCAGUCCGGGGGUGCUUCCCCAGGGCCCCCAUGAGCGCGGGGCUUGGACGUGCCGGCCAUGCCAUGUUGGUCCUGGGGAGCAGAUUGGUGGUAGCUGGAGGGCUGCAGCCCCUUUGUCCAGGCUUUGGAGACCAACUCCUCUGCGAGGUUUAUGACCCUCGGAGUGACUCCUGGUCUUCCUUUCCAACCUUGCCUCGCCCUCAUCUGUCCCCUGGAGCUACCGUACAUGAUGGACGCCUGUAUGUGGUCGGAGGGUCUUCAGCAGACACAGCCAGAGAUUCCAAAUGGGUUCAUUGUUAUGAUUCCAAAAAGGGAUGCUGGGAAAACCUGGGUGCUAUGCCAUUUCCCUACACUGAUCUGGCAGUUUGUUUCCUGCCAUCACCUGACCUGCCUGUAAAACAACUCAGUCAUCAGUAAAUCCUUUUCCAGUU